CUCACUUGUCAAUUAAUUUCCACUCAUUCAUCAUAUUUUUGCCAAUCAUUCCUAUAUAUACAUGCAUAUUCAAUUUAUAUAUUGGUAAAGGUAGCUUAGCUAGCUAGCUAGCCAAUGGAAGAAGAUAAGGUUUUCACGAAAGAUGGAUCUGUCGAUAUCCACGGCCAACCUGCUGAUGCUGCUACCAGUGGCAGAUGGAAAGCAUGUUCUUUUCUUCUCGGGUACGAAGUAUUCGAGAGGAUGGCAUUCAAUGCAAUAGCAUCGAAUCUGGUGGUCUACUUAACAACACAACUCCAUGAAGACACGGUGACAUCAGUUAGAAACGUUAAUAAUUGGUUGGGAUCAGUUUGGUUCACUCCUAUCCUCGGUGCUUACAUAGCCGACUCCUUCUUGGGUCGCUUCUGGACCUUCACUAUUUCGUCUCUCAUUUAUGUCUUGGGUAUGGGAUUACUUACGGCUGCGGUUACAUUCAAGUCUUUGAAACCGAGUUGCGAAAAUGGAGUUUGCGGCAAGGCUACUACUAUGCAGACCGCAUUCUUCUACUCAUCUCUAUACAUAACUGCGCUCGGGGCUGGCGGAACAAAGCCGAACAUAUCGACAUUCGGUGCAGAUCAAUUCGAUGAUUUUGAUUCAAAUGAGAAGAGGCUCAAGGACUCUUUUUUCCUUUGGUGGUUGUUUAGUUCUUUUACUGGUUCAUUAUUCGCCACAGUUGUCCUUGUUUACAUUCAAGAAAACUGUGGAUGGGGAUUAGGCUAUGGCAUUCCAACAAUCGGCCUUAUAGUUUCGCUGAUCAUAUUUUACGCGGGCACUCCAUUUUACAGACACAAAGUGAGGACUGGUGUUAGUCCUACCGGAGAUUUGGUUCGGGUUUUCAUUACUGCGUUUGCAAAGAGGAAAUAUGUGCUCCCUGCAAAUUUAUCUGAACUCCAUGAGUUAGAACCACAACGAUACUUGAAUAGUGGAAAACGUCAAAUUUACCCAACUCCGAAUUUAAGGUUCCUAGACAAAGCUGCAAUUCGAAAGGGGGGGGACAACACUGGUAGUACAAGGCCACCAUGCACUGUUACUGAAGUGGAAGGAGGCAAGAUUGUGUUAAGAAUGAUGAUAAUAUGGAUAGCAACACUAAUUCCUUGCACCAUUUGGGCACAAAUCAAUACUCUCUUCAUCAAGCAAGGAACAACUCUAGACCGACACGUGGGAAGCUCUAACUUCAAAAUACCAGCAGCAUCCAUCGGGAGCUUUGUGACAAUCUCGGUGCUAAUUUCCAUGCCAAUAUACGACAAAAUAUUCGUCCCCUUCAUGCAAAAACGAACAGGGCAUUCACAAGGGAUUACUCUUCUCCAAAGGCUUGGAAUCGGAUUCUUGAUUCAUAUUAUAGCCAUUGGAGUUUCGUGUGUUGUGGAAGCUAAACGAAUACGUAGGAUAAAAAUGCACCACGUAACCGGGCCUAAAGACAUUGUACCUAUGAGCAUAUUUUGGCUGAUGCCUCAAUAUGUCCUGUUAGGAGUCGGAGAUGUGUUUAAUGCGGUUGGUUUGGUAGAGUUCUUUUACGAUCAGGCACCCGUCGAUAUGCAAAGCCUUGGGACUGCAUUUUUCACAAGCGCAUUAGGAGCUGGGAACUUCUUGAAUAGCUUUCUGGUGACAAUGGUGGAUAAAGUUACAGGAAGCCAUGGGGGAAAGAGUUGGAUUGGAAGUAAUAUGAAUGAUUCUCACUUGGAUUAUUAUUAUGGUUUUCUUUUGGUCUUGGCUACUUUGAAUUUAGGAGCUUUUGUGUGGGCAGCUACGAAAUAUAUAUACAAAAGGGAAGCCAGGGAAGGCUUAGAGGAAUGUUUCGAGAUGAAAGAGAAGACUUGAUUAUGGUUAGCGGUUCAUAAUGUUGAUCCGUGUCUGACCCAUUUGGGAUUGAUUGUGUAUUUAUUUUCAUAUGUUAGUUUUGUCUUCUUUUUGUUAUCUUGAUCAUAUAUAAAUGUAUAGACAGAUGUUUAACUGAGGAGUUUCAAUAAAUGAUAAGUAUAUGAGAACUAAUUUCAGUCA